AUGGUUGGCCGCCCCAUCUCACCCAUCGCCAUCUUGGCGAGUAAUUGGUCUGUGACUAAGGCCACUAAGAGGAAGGCCACCACUGAAGAUGAGCCCCAACUGAAGAGGCAGAGGGGUGGAAAGGGCACUGAUGCCAACACCAACCCUGGUCAAUCAACCCUGGAGUCAGUAAUCGAGGACAAAAGCUCCAGUGACGAGAGCACGGUGUUAUCAGGCCACACCAGCAGAGCUGACUUCGAGGCCAAGUACUUGGAGCUUAAAAACUUGGUCAAGGAGGCUAUGGCUCAGUUUAUGCCGGCCACAGAAGGUCUGAUGAUUUACCAGAUUCCCAGGGAGGUGCUGCUCAUGCACAAAGCCGCAGGCGAACCAGUGACUGUGGGAAAAUCUGCAGCCGUGUCGAUACUGGACUGGUACGAUCUGGACCAAGAGGUUCUUCUGGUCAUGGAGAGGCCAGUCCCCUCUAUGGAACUGCUGCGCUUCAUGGAUGAGAACUGUGGUCUGAUUGCCGAGGACGUUGCAAAGAUCAUCAUGAAGCAGCUGGUGGAUGCUGCCAUCGAUAUACAAGCCAAGGGCGUCUUCCACCGAGAUAUUAAAGCAGAGAACAUCGUCAUUGAGUUCAGCUCCGAUGGCCUUCGAGUUCGGCUCAUUGAUUUUGGAUGUGGCUGCAUUUGGAAGAAAAACAUUUACAGCCAAUUCACUGGAACACUAGCACACGUUCCUCCAGAGUUUCAAAUCAACUGGCAAUACAUGGCCGGCCCCACGACAGUCUGGCAGUUGGCAUCAUUGCUAUCAUUGCUAUUUGAAAUGCUGGAUGGAUUCAGGCGGUUCCACACCACAGGGUUCCUCAGAAAUGAACUCCGAAUCAGCUCUGUGUGGUCCAAAGACUGCCAAGACUUCUUGGGAAAGUGUUUGGCUUUAGAGCCUGAGGACCGUGCCACUCUGGAGGAAAUGCAGCAGCACCCCUGGUUUAAGUUCCUCUGUUGA